AUGGCGCGCCUGUGUUUCGGUGAAGGCGCCGUCGAUGAGCACGACGUGCGCGCCAUAGACCGCGCGCAGAUGGAGUUCCUGUUCGCCUACGCCGGAACCAAGGCCGUGGAAGCCACGAGGCUGCCGAGGGUUUUGUACCGGAGGCGGUGGCUACGCCUAGACGCCGCGUUCAACCGGCUAUCUUACCUUAUGAUCACUCUCAUCAUUGCAGCCAGGCGUCGGUGGACGGAACGGGGAUGUGGCGGCGGCGGCGGCGGUAGCGUCACCCCGUACGUCGACUCGCUCUUCGUCCUCCGAGUCCCCGCUGACGACGCCGCCGGCGGCGAUCGGAGCGGCCGCCUGCUCACAGACGAUGAGAUGGCCCCCAUGGUGUGGGAGUUCAUCCUCGCAGGCGCCGAGACGGUCGCGUGCUCCGUCGAGUGGGUGCUGGCCCAUCUCGUCGCCCGGCCGGAGGUCCAGGAGAAGGUACACCGCCAGGUCGCCGGGCAGGAGGAGCACCACCUCCGGACCACGCCGCCGUACCUCCGCGCCGUCAUACUCGA